UAGCUAGUCAGUUGUCAUAAAGCUCUUGUUCAGCGAGGACUGCCAAAGUCAUGGGGGCAGAGUUCAGUUCGUUUUCCGUGGUGCUUCUGAUCAUCAUUCUCAUUAUAGUCUUCCUUUCGAAUGCCUACCACAAGGCCAAGAGAGCUGGCCUGAGCAGUGAUUACAGGUCUAGAUCGGAGCGGACCAAUGACACACGAAAUGACUCGGUUCAAAAUGGAUCUCGUCGAGGUGUAUUACUUCAUAUCCUUCAUUCUGAUAUUCCUUAUUUUGAUAAGGGCCUAUAUCUGUCCCAAUCACAAGUGGAAGUGCGUCUGCUGCCUGCAAUAUCGGCACGAAUCUGUGCUCAUUCUCGUAUUGCUACUCGCUCGGGAGUGCUAUCUGUUCAUCAAGUUGAAGAUCGACGAGUGGAAUAUGCGAGUAUAUGCCCGACUUUUGCGCCAUGAGAUGAUGUUGCGCCUGGCCAUGGAAGAACGAAAUGUAUUCAACGCCCAGGAGGAUCCUUCAUCGAACCGUUAUGGCGACAUAUUCUUUAUAGAGCCUGGCAGCGUGGAGGCCAACCGCAUUCGCGAUCAACUGGAAAAGGAUGAGAAGGAUCUGCCCAGCUACGACGAGGUGAUGCGCAUGUGCAACCUGACAACUCCCACAGCAGCGGCGGCUGGAAUGCCUGUUCCCCAAUCACCCCUCGGCGAACCCAGUCCCAUUGGAAUCGCGGCGCUGCCGGCGCCACCGUAUUCGGAGACUGAUCCAAAUUCCUCGUCAGCCGGAGAGCCCACUGUCAUCGCAAUGGAACCGAUGGAGCCAUCCACCUCCCGCGCGGCACAGAUUCCAUCCAGCUCCGGAUCUGGUCCUCCUGCUCCUUUGCCAACGACAGCGGUGUGAUCCGUCGGAGGCAUGGAUAAAUGGAACUGAAGCAUUCGCCGUGCCACUCUGGGCCACACAGAUGCCACUUUGUGUGCGCUUUCAGUACAGAAAUGAACUUGUGUGAUCUUAUUGAGUACAUACCUAUUUAAGUUCUAGACAUUAGGAGUCGCAUAUUGUAAAUACAUAUUUUUAGGACAUAGGAUGAAAAUUAAAGUGAAUUAUUUAAUUGAAAA